AUGUUUCGCCAGAUCCGGGUACAGCAAGACGACUGGGACCAUCAACGAAUUCUCUCGACGGACGACAACGGCCAACCCAUCGAGUAUCAACUGACGACAGUCACCUAUGGUACCAGCUGUGCACUCUGGCUUUCGCUACGGGUGCUGAAGCAGUUGAACAUCGACGAAGGUCAUCGAUUUCCACUGGCCUUACCGAUAUUUAUCAACGGACGAUAUGUCGAUGACAUAUACGGAGCCGCAGAAACGGAGCAUCAACUCGAGGAGAUCAUCAAGCAGCUAAUCAACCUCUGCAUGGCGGGCGGUAUGCCCCUGCAGAAAUGGUGCAGCAAUGUGCCACACAUUUCGAAACGACUCGGGCUCUCAUCGGGAUCAGCUCCAACCAUCGAAUUUGAGGAAUCAACGGUGAAGGUGCUGGGGCUCUGCUGGCAGCCUGAGGCAGACACCUUUCACUACAAAGCGAGGAACUUCAACCGGGACACCAUCACCAAGCGCGUGAUCCUGUCCGAGAUUGCGCAAAUUUACGACCCAUUGGGACUCAUUGCGCCGGUGAUCGUCACGGCAAAGAUACUCAUCCAAGAGCUGUGGUUGCUCAAAUUCAACUGGGACGAUCAACUUCCAGUGGCCUUCAUGAAAUGCUGGCAACACUUCAGGCCAAAACUUCAGCAGCUGAGCAGCCAGUCCUUACCGAGAUGGCUCAAUUUAUCGCUCAACACGACGGACGUUCAACUACACGGUGUCCCGGACGCAUCUAAUCUGGCGAUGGACACAUCGGUCUAUCUUCGAGCAUCAUCAGCGACAUCGGGAAUCACUGUCACCUUGAUCUGUGCCAAGAACAAGGUGGCACUACUCCAGAAGAUAACCAUACCAUGGCUGGAGCUAACAGCAGCUCUCCUGGCAACGGAACUUGUGGCCUACGUACAACGAAUACUGGAGUUGGAAAACAUACAAGUCCUUCUGUGGAGCGACUCAUCAGUGGCCAUCACCUGGAUUAACGGAGAUCCAUCCCGUUGGAAGGACUUCGUGCAGAACAGGGUUCUGAAAACAAGAGAUACUCUGCCUUCUGCCACUUGGAGACAUAUCAAUGGCAAGGAGAAUCCGGCGGACUGUCCAUCAAGGGAUCUAUCACCGAAGCAACUGGCGGAGCAUCAUCUGUGGUGGACAGGACCCUCAUGGCUGGUUCUGCCAUCGGAUCAAUGA